AUGCUACGACGAUGCUGGGGUUGCCGCAGCUCUUUUUCUUUGCUAGCUAACUUUGAGCCGUUUGAGCUCUACAGCUACAAGGAUUCCGGAGUUUGCGAAAUAGUGGCGUCCAAUAAGAAGAAUCCGUUGAACCUUUUGGAUAGGUCAUACUUCUCCUCCUUGAUGAAAGUGACUCAUUAUCUAUCAAGCGACCUUAGUGGAAUGGCGCGCGUGGCGAUUUUGACUUCAAAAGAGGGGACCCCUUUCUCGGCUGGUUUAGAUUUGAAUGAGUUGCGAAAGCUACAGCAAGAACGGGCGACAAAAACAACACACGAUGAAACCAAAGAUAUUGUGGGUAAAAAUUCGGCCACGCAGUUUCAACACCAGCACGUGCUGGUCCGUUUCUUCCAAAACAGUGUUUCUUCGUUGGCUCGCUGUCGCAUUCCGAUAAUAUGUGCGAUUGAUGGACACUGCAUUGGAGGAGCAACUUCUAUUAUUACGGCUUGCGACUUCCGUUACGCCACUGAGAAGGCAUCAUUUUCGGUGAAGGAGGCUCAGGUUGGUAUUGCGGCUGAUCUUGGUGUUCUACAGCGACUUCCGGGGAUUGUUGGUGAAGGCCGUGCUCGAGAACUUGUGUACACUGCACGUUCCUUUAAUGGCAACGAAGCAAAAGAAAUGGGUCUCGUGGAAGAGGUCUUCACCAAUCGAGAUGAAAUGAUGAAAUCAGUGCGACAUGCCGCCAGUAUUAUUGCGGCAAAUUCUCCGUUGGCUGUGCAGGGGUCGAAGUUGUUAAUGAACCAUCGAAGAGAGCCUGAUGUGGAGAGGUCCCUUGAAUACACUGGGGCCUGGAGUGCAGCGAAUUUGUCAUGCGGUGACGUUGCUGAAGCUGCAAUUGCAUUUGCAAAGAAACGCCCCCCCCAUUUUAAAGACCACUUGUUAGAUCCAAGCUCUUCUAUGCCGCGGGAUUGA